AUGGCACAAGAUCCUCUUCCUCCUCCACUACAUCCCGCCAAUGUGCCAGAAUCCUUCAACUUUGGAUCUCACAUCGUCGACUACUGGGCCAACGAGCUUCCCCAACAGGUCGCGCUCCACUGGACAGAUCAAACGCUCUCGCGAGAGAAGCAGCUCACGUACGCCCACUUCUCACGUCAAUCUCAACGAGUCGCCAAACUGCUGACCUCCCUGGGGGUCUCACAAGGAGAGAAAUGUGUAAUCAUCCUCCCUCGAAUUCCAGAAUGGUGGGAAAUUGCGACGGCGUGUCUUCGAGCGGGCAUCGUCUUGUGUCCCUGCACGACACUCCUCGUCGACAAGGACAUCGAAUUUCGUCUCCGAGCCAGUAAAGCAGCGCUGUUUGUGGGUGACGAGGCUUCCGUAUCCAAACUCCUCCGGGUCAAGCAGAAUUGUCCAGACCUACGAACCAUUCUACAGAUAGGGGGAGGCCGUGAUGGUGGUGGUGAUGGUGGCGGCAACAACACUCGUACAGGAGGAGUCAUCAUCAUCGACUUUCACAGAUCUCUAUCCCGUAUCCCAGAGACCACUCACUUUGAAACUCCCAAAUCUUUGACGUCUACAUCUCCAGCUCUCAUCUUCUUCACCUCGGGAACCACCGGCCCUCCCAAGAUGGUCCGACACCCACAGGCCUACCCUCUGGCCCACGUCCUGACGGGGACUCACUGGCUCCGCCUCUCCCCAGACUCUGUGUACUGGAACCUCUCGGAACAAGGUUGGGCCAAGGCAGCAUGGUCCUUUUUCGCCUCCUGGACGUGCGGAGCGACUCUGUUCGUCCACGAUGACCGCCUGGCUUUCACUCCUCGAAGGACAAUGGCGGUCCUGACAAAAUUCCCCAUCACCACACUUUGCGCCCCUCCCACGGUCUACAGACAACUCGUGCUGGACGAGAACGUCAAGUUCUUCGAACAAUCCGGUCUCAAAAAAAGGCUCCGGCACGCCUGUGGCGCCGGGGAACCUCUCAACGGAGGAGUGAUCAAGAAAUGGGCCGAACUCACCGGUUUCGACAUUUACGAUGGUUAUGGCCAGACAGAGACCAUCCUCGUGUGUGCGAACCAGGCGGUCAACCCGAUCAAAUUUGGGAGCAUGGGGAAACCAAUCCCCGGUGUACCGUUGGUGAUUAUCGACUCGGAUGGGAAAGUGACGAAAGAUGAAGAGGAAGGGGAUAUAGCUAUUUGUGUUGACGAUGAUGGCCACUCUCAAUCGCCCAUCGGUCUUUUUGACGGAUACAUCACCACAACCAGCUCUCAAUCCGGGUCGUCAUCAUCAUCGUCUGUUUCUUCCUCUUCUUCCUCGGAAAGUCUUGAUCGUAAAGUCAAACGAUUCCCAGUCGGCAAGAAAUAUUACCUCACGGGUGACCGAGCUUAUCGUGAUUCACAAGGUUACUUUUGGUUCGUGGGACGCGGUGACGAUGUUAUAAAUUCUAGUGGUUACAGAAUAGGUCCAUUUGAAGUCGAAUCCACACUCAAACUACAUCCAUCCGUGGUCGAGUCUGCCGUUGUGGCCUCACCGGACCCUAUCAGAGAUGAAGUCGUCAAGGCCUUUGUGGUGCUGACCGAUGCGGCGGCGGCGGCGAAGUUGUCUUCGACUCAGUCACGCGACGACUUGACCCUCGAACUUCAAAACUUUUGCAAGGAAAACGCCGCCCCUUACAAGUACCCUCGCAAGAUCGAGUUUGUCGACGCCUCCUUCCUACCCAAAACCAUCAGUGGGAAGAUUCGAAGGGCAGAGUUGAAAAGGCUCGAAAAGGAGAGGUACCACGCAGAUCCAAGACAAAGGAAGGCGAAGAUGUAG